AUGACAAACUAUAAUCAUCCUUUUGAAGAUGACUAUGUUGUUUCCAUGGAAACUCUCACUUACAAUACACCUGCUGGACCAAAGCAAUGGGGGGAAGUGUCAAAAAAGGAGCUUAAAAAUUGGAAGAAAAAUAACAAAAGAGCCACAGGUGAUAGGACUUUAGUGGAGCAAAGUGAUGCUGAUAUAGCUUCAGUAAGAAGUCAAUUUGAAGACAUUCACUUCAAGAACCAGUAUGUAGAUGAUAGGAAAAUUCAAGAGAAGGCAAAAAUUCAAGUGGAUGUGAUAGUACAAGAUCAUGCUAGAAAUAUUCCCAAGUGGAUUACGAUAGCACCUCAAGGUUCAUCAGAGGGUCCUCAAGUAGCUUCACCAGUGCAAGAAUUGAUUGGCAACCAAGCCGCUGUUUGCAGAAGGGCAGAGUUGUCAAAUGAAUGUUUUUCAUCCAGAUCUCUUCAGUUACAAUCUUCUGUUCCCAUUUCACCAUGUACAAUUACUAUAACUAGGCAUCAAACUUCUCCAGAACUGAAUAAAAGUUGCUAUGAUAGUAUCUUCCAAGAAUACCAGUCUGCAGAUGAGGAAUGCUCCUGGAGCAAUGUAACUCUUGCAGACCUGUAUCCAGCGAUGGUGAAGACAUUUAUAAGGCUCAUGAAAAAGCAGUCUCAGAGAAAAGUGUUUAAAUACCUGUUUGGAAACUUAAGGCACAGAAGAAUGUCUUGUAGAAGACCAAGACUCAAUGUCACUGUAGACAAAAUAAGAGGGUUCAGACCUCUUAAAUUGAAGCGAGCACUACCCAGCAUAUGCAGCAGUAGAAGUAAGGACAUCCAGAAUCAAGCUUUUGGAAAUGACCUCACAGAAUUUUCUGCGGACAAUUCUUCCAUUAAUAAUUUAUCUGCUCUGGUACCUUAUUCUCAUGUUGAUACAAACGAAAUAAAAAUGGACUACUCUGACUCAAGUUUAGAACAUCAUUUGGUAUCUGGAAAUGGCCAGAGAGUCUCCAAACAGACUGUUUUUCCUAAUGUUAUGGCUAGAAUGGGCGAGACAUUUCUUGUUGAAGAUGAAUUACAGAGUACUGUCUCACUGAGGAGUUCAAAAUGCAAAGAAAGUGAAAAAUUAGCUUGCAAAUGUUCCUCAGAAUACCCUUUUAAAACAUCUACUGCCUGUUCAGAAUCAACUGCACUUCAUCUGGUAAAAGAGAGUAAAGCUCAAAAAAUCGACUUUCCUAGUGGUGAUAUCUCCAAGUUAUGUUCAUCUACUUGCAGUUUCUCUGGCAAUAGUAGCACUUUUGCCUGUGUCACAAGCUGUUCUCUUGCAAAAGCAUCAAAGACUUUAAUCCCAAUUACUGGCAAAACAAUUUCUGAAAGACAAAUUUCUUUCCAGGGCAAACAGUCAUUUUCCCCAUUGUCUGUUAAGCAUAGUCCUUCAAAGAUGCUCCAGAAAUCUCAAGAUGCAUUUGAAAAACUCUACUAUGGACUGUGUUCCAAAGAAUUCCAAAAGCCUUUGGCAGUGACAAGACCUGUUCCAAAUUCACAGAACUUUGAAGUGAAAGGAAGAUUAGUGAAGGGUAAUUUAAGUGACUCUGUGAAGUCUGACAUGCACAGUUGUGUAGUGAUGCUGUUCCAAAACUUCCUGGGUUUCAGAGAGCUUCAAAUUUAA